GUUACUAACACAGUGUUAGUAUUGAAAAAUAUACAAAGUGGGGAAUAUUCUCAUCACAGUGGUAGAAAAAGUGUUUUUUUUUAUCAUUUUAUUGAUCAUUAUAAUUUAUCACAGAAGCUUUGACAUUGUUUACAUGCAUUAAACCUUACAAAGUACAGUGAAUACCGAUUUCCCGUUAGAAUGCAAUGAUUUAAACAGCGAAAAUUCAAUAAACAUUCUAAAUAAAUGUCUAGUGUAUUCUGAGUGCGAACAGCAGGUGAAAGUGCACAUCAAAAUCUGAAAUACAACGUUGAUAUUGCGAAUUUGUUAAACAUUUUCAAAACUGAUAACGCACUGUCUUCGUCCUAUAAUUUCAAAACGCUUUUUGUCAUAAACUGUCAGUGCAACUGUCAGUGUCAUACAUCAUGUUCAAAUAAAGCAUUUGCAUCGUGAAAAUAAAUCGUAAUUUUAAUUGACUCAAAGUAAAUUCUCUUAGAUGAAAACGUAUUUUAUUGUGAUCCAAACGUAGCUCAGUGUUAAAAUGUUGUAUCAAAAACUGAUUACGACCAGUAGAAUCGGUUUGUCUAAAUUGCUUACAGCAAAUAUGCGGUCGAUGAGUGUCAAAUCGACAUUCCUGCAAAUUGAUGAACUCGGUGAUCCGGACAAGGUAUUGAAGAAAUUUGUAGCUCAAUUGGAUGCUCCGCAAGCUAAUGAGGUGUUGGUAAAAAUUCUGGCCGCUCCAAUCAAUCCAGCUGUCAUUAACAUUAUACAGGGUAAAUACGGUGAAAGUCCGCAGUUACCUUUUAUCCCGGGCAAUGAAGCGGUGGCAGAGGUAUUGGAAUGUGGUAAAAAUGUAAAGAAUGUUGCAGUUGGUGACAGAAUAAUCCCAAUCGGUGGUUUGGUCGGUACAUGGCGAACACAUGCGAUUUUCCCUAGUCAAGAUGUACUGAAAGUACCGUCGAAUGUUGAUAACGUGAAUGCAGCUACGGUCACUGUAAAUCCAGCUACCGCAUAUCGCAUGCUACGCGAUUUCGUUGAAUUAAAUGCCGGCGAUACUGUCAUUCAAAAUGGAGCAAAUAGCGCUGUUGGCCAAGCGGUCAUUCAGCUGUGUAAAGUAUGGAAUUUACAGUCGGUAAACGUGAUUCGCAACAGACCGAACGUUGAUGAGUUGAAAGAUAAGCUGAAAUCAUUGGGAGCGACCGAAGUAUUAACUGAAGAAGAAAUCCGAACGACCACGUUGUUUAAAUCGAAAAAAUUGCCAUCACCAAAAUUGGGAUUCAAUUGUGUUGGUGGCAAAAGUGCAACCAAUGUGAUGCGACAUUUGGAUAAUAAAGGAAUACUCGUCACAUAUGGAGCCAUGUCACGAGAACCACUCACCAUCCCCAAUGCAGCAUUGAUCUUCAAAGAUAUCGCCUUCCGCGGAUUUUGGGUAUCAAAAUGGUCGAAAGAGCACACACUUGAGGAAAGGCAACAAAUGUACAAUGAACUAUUUGAGCUCAUGGCAUCCGGCAAAUUUGCACCACCGGCCCAUCGGAUGAUUUCCUUGGACGAAUACAAAGAGGCAAUGAUUCAACUGGCAGACGUCAAAGGGAUGGUUGGACAAAAAAUUCUGUUUGAUUUGACACGAUAAAAUCGAGUUUUGGAAUCAAUGUCACUUUUACAAAAUGAAAUAAAUUUGUUGAUUUUUAAUUAUUUGGGUUUUUGUGCAGGUGAAAAAAGCAAAGUAGAAUUUUUCAUUAAAUCCAUUGUGCCCGAUGUUACAUUUGGAACUUUCACUUGAAAUAUAUAGAAAGAGUUUGGUUAAAGAUGAUCUUCGCACAUACUGAUUGAAUUCACAAAUAUAUUGUUUAAAACUAAUUAAAGGAAAGAACUAUUAUUUUUCAAAUGAAA